UGUUGAUGACGACAUAUAUCUACGACUUGUAGUUCCUGUCACUGCAUGCGGUUUUGUUGGUGAGAGCUUUUAAUUUAAGUGUUUCUCGCGUAAACAAACAGCGCUGUGACAGUGUGGAUUUUCUCAAAGCGUUGCACUCAGAGCGUUAACCAUUUCAAAUUAGCGAAAAAUUGAUUGAAUUUAUAACACGUGAGUGGGGAGGCUCGCUAGCUAGCUACGUGGCUAACCAAAGCGAUUCACGCUCGUAUUGGAUUAGAUGUUGGAGGGAGUCCUUCGACUGGAGUUACUACUAUGGCUGGGAGCAGGAUGCAGCUGGAGCUGUCCCGUGUGGUUCAGGGGAGAAGUCGGCUGGGUGUCCUGAAGGGACUGGGUAGGACGGGACAGCACUCACUGGAGGUCCCGGGGUGUCUGCUGUACACGCGCUUAGGCACAGUCCCCCACCUCACCCAGGAUACACUUCACACGCUGAGCAACCUCCCCUCUGUCACUCAGGUCACGCUGUCGCACAUAGCUGAGCACCAGGAGGUGCUGGAGGAGUUUAAGGAUGGGUUCAGAAAGUUUGCAGGUCUUCAUGAUACUGUGUUGUACUGCUCCCUUCACGACCCUGCCACCCCUUGCCCGACAGGGUAUACCACCAACAAGACGUUGUCAGUGUGGGGCAGCGGUGGGAGGAUAGAACUAACAGCGGCCAAGUUCAUGGCUCUUCAGAAGGCCGUACAGCCAGACUGGUACCAGAGCAUGGCAGAUGGAGAGACCUGGCAGAACAACACCUCUCGCAAAAGAGUCAGAAAGUCGGUCGAUCGGACUCUGGCUCAUUUGGAUGAGUGUUUGCUGGUGCACCAAAAUUCAAAGGAGUUGGAGGGAGUGGAGGUGUUUGGUGUGGUGGAGGGAGGAGACAUCCUGGAAGAGAGGGUACGCUCUGCCAGAGAGACUGCCAAGAGGCCCGUGGCAGGAUUCUGCCUGGACGGCCUCCAGACAGGCUCCAUGGACCAAACCCUGAGGACCCAGCUCAUCACUGCUAUGAUCAAGGAGCUGCCUGAGGACAAACCCAGACUCCUGCAGGGUGUGGGACGACCUGAUGAGGUGCUGGCGUGCGUCGAGGCCGGUGUGGACCUGUUUGAGAGUUUUUUCCCCUUCCUGGUGACGGAGCGAAGCUGUGCUCUCUGCUUCAGCUUUGACAUAUCCCCGGACCCAGAACGCGCAGGUAGAGCGCCCCUUGCAGUGCUGGAGUUGAAUGAAGAGAAGGAGACAGGAGGGGAGACCCAACAGAAUGGCGAUCUUAAUCGUCAUGAUCAAACACAGAUGACACCCUUUGAGAUGAACCUCAAAGAGAAAAGGUACCAGGACGACUUUAGGCCCCUGGUGGAGGGGUGUGGCUGCUACUGCUGUAAGAACCACCAGAGGGCGUACCUGCACCACCUGUUGGUGACCAAUGAGCUGCUGGCUGGGGUUCUGCUCAUGAUCCACAACACAGCCCACUAUUACGGCUUCUUCGGGGCCUUAAGAGAAGCUUUGGCCAACGAUAAACUGGAUCUCCUCAAGAAACGAGUACUUGGGGAUGGAAGCCGGCAGACAGAAAGAAAGGAGUAAGAUGGAUAAGCCAAUAGAUGCGAGAGGGAAUGAGCUGAGGGACUACGGGAGAGAGUUCUUCUUGACUGGAGUGACAUGGCCAGAGGCAGUCAUAAGUACUAUCUUGUUCUGCCAAGUCCAGUCACAGGAUGAACUGUGAUGCUGCAGAGUCCUUGAGAAUGACACACAACAUAUGUUGCUAGAGCAAUCUCUUUCAAGAAGAAGAUAAAAGGAGAAUGGAGCACAUACAGGCAACUUUUUGAUGUUUGUGCCUUGGGUUUGUGUCCCGGUUUCACAUCUGGAGGACCACUUGCUUAAGCCUAUCUAUUGAUCGGAGUGGACAGCCAGGA